CACAGCUGGAUCGUAGUUAUUUGCUCAAUAUUUCUCUUUUCGGAAACAAUAGCUUUCUGUGCCUGUAAAUUAUACAAAAAUCGGGUUGCUUAUUCUUGCAAUGAAUUAGUUUAAUGGUUCCCUUUUAUUUAGUUUAUAGUUAUUAGUUUUAAAUAAGUAUUUCGCUACAUUGAAAACUCAGUAAGCUAUUUGUAUUUCAAAUACUCUCACGAAAAUGGAUCCGGGAAUCCUUUGUCUUCACCAUUGCAACCACAAAGUGUUUUGUACUGUAAUACCUGAGAAAUGCCCUGCCUGCCACCAAACCCUAAAUAGAUAUGACUACAAUCUUCUCCCAUUCAGAGUUCCCUAUCCCUUUGUAAAAGCAUCACAGCAUCCAAGGGCAAUAGUGAUGAAGCCAACACAUGGUGAUUUCCUCAAUGACUACUAUAAUUCCAAGGAUUUACAUAUUGGAGUGACUAAUUCUCAUGGUUCUGUGAUUGAAUUUAGUGAAGAAGGUAUAAAGGGUGUAGAUUCAAUUACUAAAAAUUGGAGCAAUCGGGAGACAAGUAUAGAUUGGGAUCAGUGUCUUUUGUUAGAACAAUUUGAUGAGUUAUGGAAUGAAAUUUGGGAUGAGGUUCUACUGCAGGUUAGUUCCAGUCCUCUUUGGAAGCCAGAACAGUACAAUGAAGAGCGGCAUAACUGCUUUACCUUUGUUCUUGCAUUCCUAAGGGCACUUGAUUGUGGAGAACUAUCUAAAAAGGCUCAAGAUCCCAAACUGUUUUGUAAACAAUAUGUUGUACCUCGUACUUCGACUGCCGGUAAAUACAUAUCUCUCUAUAGACAGCUGAAGCGGCAGAAUUAUUUCAUACAGAAAUUCUCAUAGGGUCAACCUGGCACUACAAGCAGCACCCGUUCAUGGGUUGACGCAUGGACCAGCCAUCAUUCCUUUCACACAUUUGAGGGAAGGUAACGACCCGGCACACGACGCCGCCGUAAGCAAUGCCAUUUUAUGUGUGUAUGACGAGCCAUGUAAUAUAGCAUUAAAUAACACCUAACUUGUGCUCUAGUUUAUGUAACUUUUAUAUUUUGUGUUACUCGAACCAAACUUAGACCCCUAGACACUGUCUUGGUGCUGUGGUUAUAAUAAACAAUUUAUUAAAAA